AUGACUUCAACGCGCGUGGCGAAAGGCGUUUCCAACGCGGACUUCGUCUCCGUCGCGUGUCCCGAAAAAAACAACGACGACGUCGAGAUCGAGACAUUUUUUGUACUCAUCGAGAACGUUUUACUCCCAUCCGCGGAAGAAGAUGGGAAGUAUUCGAGGAAAGAUGUCGUUCUGGACGCACGCGUAGGGAAAAUCGUACAGAUGACGGAAGCUUUUCACGCGAGCGCAUUCUUCCGUGAGUACGGUUCUCAAAGGAUAGAAAAGAUCGACGGCACGGAAAAGAUGAUCACGCCUGGUCUGGUGAACGGACACACGCACAGCGUCGAACACUGGUUACGAGGCGCCAUACCGCCUUUACCGUUAGAGAUGUGGUUGUUCCAACUGGUGUUCAACGAACCGCGAGGAGCGCCGGGCGGGUGGUUUAAAGAGAAAUCGUGGAUGGAAACGCCCGCGGCGAUGGUUGCAAUUUCGGCCUUGUUGUGUGGGAUCGAGACGCUCAUGAGUGGGUCCACGGUGGUUAUGGACCAUUUAUUCGUGAGGCAUAUCGAGGACGUGGAGGCGGCGGUGACCGCGUAUAAAGCGUUGGGAAUACGGUGUUUUAUCGCGCCAAUGUUGGACGACGAGGCGACUUUUAAGCAUAAUUAUUGUCCGUUAGCGAGAGAUGCGAAAGAGAGGCUUGCAUUUUGUAAGGGGUGCGGAUGUUGCGGCGGUUUAGAUCCGAAAACUGGGUGUUUUCGAACCGAGAAGAGCGCGUCGGAUCCGAAGAAGAGGGAGGAGAUGUUGCAGUUGUGGGAGGAAGCGGUGCAGAAAUUUCACGACCCAGAGAAUGGAGUGAAUAUUUGUAUAGGUCCAGUGACGUGUUUCGGCGCAACUUUCGAGAUGUUGAAAGGCGCGGCGGAUUUGCGGAAAAAAUACGGGUUGUGCGGCCACAUUCACUUAUUAGAGACUCGAACGCAGGCGUUGCAAUCAAAACAGUUCUUAAAUGAAAACGGAUGCGAGGGAUCGUCGGUGAAGCUUUUAGAAAAGACAGGAUUCUUAGACUCACCGGGAACCUCGCUCGCUCACGGCGUCUGGUUAACCGACGAAGAGUGUGAAAUCGUGAGAAGAACUGACGCUACAAUCGUACACAACCCGCUGUCAAAUUUACGACUAGGAUCAGGAGUUGCGCCGUUGCGAAGAUACAAGAACAACGGCGUCAAAGUUUGUCUCGGCGCGGACGGUUCGUGUUCGUCAGAUGGCCAGGAUAUGUUAGAAGUUGUGAAAAUUGCGAAUUUUUUACCGUGCGUGGAAACGGCGGAAUAUCGAGACUGGCCUUCGCCGAGGGAGACGUAUUUGAAGUUAGGCUGCGAGAACGGGUACCACAGCAUUAACCUGGGCGAUAAAGGCGGGAAGAUACGAGAAGGAAUGCUCGCAGAUGUCUGCCUGUGGGAUCUCACCGCGCUAGCGCUGUUACCGAAAACUGAUCCUCUCGGUUUACUCGCUCGAGGGAGCAGAACGCAGAAUAAAGCCGCGGGAUCCGUGCUCGCGGAGUCCUGGGUAAACGGGAAGAGAGUCGUGCGCGCCGGCGAAAUUGUUGGGUGCGACGUAGAAGCGUUGCGAAAAGUUUUAGCGGAUGCGCAAAACUACGUGCACGAAACAGAGGGAUUGAGUAUGGAACCGGCGGCGAACGAUGCCUCGAGGAGGGCAGAAAACGAGUAUCGCGCGGCGCUAGGUUUGCCCGUGGACAACGAUAAAUAUGUGCCGUCCGGGCCUCCCCCGGAACCUGUUGACUUUUCGCAAGACACGACGCUGUUUGAUUCGACUUUACGCUAG